AUGGCCGGAAAGGGUGGGAAGGGUCUGUUGGCCGGAAAAACACCGGCGGCUGCUGCAGCUAACAAGGACAAAGAUAAGAAGAGGCCGAUUUCCCGAUCUGCCAGAGCUGGCCUCCAGUUUCCAGUAGGGAGGAUUCAUCGUCAUUUGAAAACAAGAACUUCAGCAAAUGGACGUGUUGGAGCCACUGCUGCUGUUUACUCUGCUGCCAUUCUUGAGUACUUAACUGCGGAGGUGCUUGAGUUAGCUGGAAACGCUAGCAAAGAUUUGAAGGUGAAGCGGAUUACACCACGACAUUUGCAGUUAGCCAUUCGUGGUGAUGAAGAGCUUGAUACUCUUAUCAAAGGUACCAUUGCUGGAGGUGGUGUCAUUCCUCACAUUCACAAGUCUCUCAUCAACAAAACCACAAAGGAAUGAGUCUCUUACUCUCUCUUUUUCUUUCUUUUUUGUUAGCCAUUUAGACUAUGUGUUUAAUUUUUGACUGGAAUUUCUGGCAAAAGAUUGAUGUGGUAUUGGUGUUUGUUUAUUGUUUUUGAAGUUUUAGUUUUGUAGGAUCUAUGUACAUGGCAUAUAAUCCUGGAUUAUGC